AUGGCUGAAUCCAGUAGAGGGCCAUUGGGCCAGACUACCAGCAUCGAGCCAGACGAGACACUUAUCGUCGAUAUGGCCGCGGCUAUGCGCGACUAUGCCAAGCUGCAAGGCUUCGAAUUCGACUCGCAAUCUGACUCCGAUUCGGACCUGGUUUCGCCGGUGUCCGCUUUCACCGAGGAGGACCACGAUGCUGCCCGUGCCGAGUGCCGUGAGCUCGGCCUACAGGGCGAUCCGGCCGAUUAUUAUAUCAAUGAAAUCGCGAUGCCCCGCAAGAAGCUCGCCGUCAGGAAGAAGCGGGUCGCGCAGCGAGAGCGCAGGAUAUCCCGGCACCACCCCAAGGUAGAUAUGGUGGAUUGGUACAAAUACCAGACCGAUUACCUAACAAAAAGACCUUUUGAGCCGGCUAGUCCCGGAGAAGACUUGACCAACGUGCCGCGGGAUCUUGCGGAUCGCCGGAUCGCCAUACGCGAUGAGGAGAAGCGACUUGAUAGGAGGGAGUGGGAGGCCGGCAAGUACGAGUACAUUGUCUUCAACUCCGAAACAGACCCCACCGACUUCCUCCGCCAGCACGACAAGCUCAAGACCGCCAAGGAAAAGCUCGAGGAGAAGCUCUCAAAGGCUUCGGAUGUUCGCGAGGAGGCCCUGGCCGCGGUGAAGGAGCUGCCAGAAGUGCAAAAGCAGUUGGAGCAGGCCCAUGCCGAGGUGAAGUCCCUGGACGAUAUGGUAGACUACGAAAACAGAAGGGCCACACACCUGGAGGAAGAGAUGCAAAAGCUGCAACAGAAAGAUAGAGAGAUGCAAGACACCAUCAAGUUGUACCAAGCGCGCGAGACUGAGCUUCAGGAUGUACUGCGCAACCAAAAGUACGAGCUCGAGCAGGAGAUGGACCUUCUCCGGAGCAAGCUUUAUCCACUCGAGGUGGCGUUGCCAGAGAAGGAGAGGCGCAUCCAAGAGCUGGAGUCUAGGGCCAAGAAAGAUCUGGAAACCAUCAAAGAACUGACAGACUAUGGCGAGAAGACUGGCAAAAGUCUGAAAGAGGCGAAACAGGCGGAAGCGGUGAGCAGGGAACAGGCCGAAUUCUACCACGGGAUUUUCAGCGCCUCAAAUGAAGCUGCAAAUUUCCACGCAGCAGAAGCCGAGGAGGCCAAGGCCGACGCGAAGGGAGCCAACGAAAGAUACGAAAACGCCAAAAUCCAGGUCGAAGAACUUGAUGAACAGUUGGCAGAUGCCCUGCAGAAGUUCCACGAUGCUGAGGAGGAGGUUCGGCAAGUCAAGGCUGAGCUUCAGCAGAAAGAGGAUGAGCUUUCCAGGGUCAGCCAUAAGUUGGAUUUGGUUUAUCGCGAAGAGAGGCGGGCCAGCGUCUCGACGAGUGCACCAGGAUCCGCCCGGGGUUAUGCCAGUUUUCAAGAUGAGCCUGAUUUCUCCGAGCCCAGUAAGAGUCCAACGCUGUCGUCCCUCAGAGCCCGCGUAACCGAACUCGAGGCAGAGGUAGAGUCCAAGCGCUCGGAGGUGGGCGACCACAAGACUAAGCUGGAGGCCAAGGAGGCCGAGGUAAACAAGACAUACAAGGAGCUCAAGGAAAAGGCCACCGAGAUCAGCAACCUUGCCCAGACCGUCAAAGAACUGACGGCGGACAAUGAACAGCUGCGAGCCAGCGCGGAGAAGGGGCGGAGAGAACUCGCGGCAAAAUCUUCCGAGGAUGAAGACAGAUACGCAAGGCUCUACUAUAUACACGAUUCGCUCAAGAAGGACUGCUUUGACGCCUGCCAUAAGAUAUCCGGCUUGACAGAACGCAUGGAGGACAAGGCCGCACUGAUCAAGAAGCAACUGGCCGAUUCUCACUGCGCUCUCCUCGAGGCUGCCAAAGACAGCAGCGACAAGACGAAGGAGCUUGCCAGACUCAGCGCCGAACUGCAAAAGAUCAAGAGUACUCACGCGGGAGCCUAUGAGAGUCUGUCGAGGAACUUCGGCAUCCUGCACUCGCAGUUGAAAGAGAUGAACAAGGAGAAACAGGCCCGCAUCGCCAAGAUUGCCCAACUGAAAGAGGACCUGGCUUCUCGACCCGAUCCCGAUACGUACGUGAGGCUCGCAAGUGUGGAAGAGGACUAUGGGGUUCUGAAGGAUAUUCAUGACAAGAUGAAAGAAGCGCUCAAUACGGCAGCCGAGGAGAAUGCCAUUCUCAAAGCCGAUCGUGAUAGGUUAUCAGUAAACGAGAAGGCUUUAAACGAUGAGAUUGAUAACCUUGAAAACGAGCGCGACAAACUGACAAAGGACCUCGAGGUUUCAACCAAGGACCUUGAAAGACUCCAAGACACACGCGACCAGAUGGCAGGGAACCUCGAGAGUAAAAUCAAUGAGGCUAACAGUCUCAAGGAUGAGCGCGAUCGAGCGGCCGACAACCUCGAGGCUUUAACCAAUGAGCUCAACAGUCUCAAAGAUGCACGCGACAAAAUGGAAAAGGACCUCGAGGUUUCGGACAAAAAAGCUUCUGGCCUUGAGAAUGAGCGCGGCAAGCAGGCAAAGGACCUCGAGGACUUGGUUGAGGAGAUUGCCAGUCUCAAAGACGAACGCGACCGAAUGACCAAAGAGAUUGAAGACCUUCGCGCGGCCAAUGCUAGGCAUGAGUUGUGGAAGGCGGACAACGGCAAUGCCGCCAGGAAACUGUUACUGAAUGGACAAGAGCUCAUCAGGAAUGAAGAGCAGCUUAGCGAGGCCAAGAUGAACAACGCAGCCAAAAACACGGAAAUCAACGAGUUGAAGGCCGAUCUUGACAAGAAGAAAUCAGCCAUGCAAGCAAUCGAGGAGCAGUUGGAAACUGCCAACAAACAAGCCGCCGAAUUAGGUUCCAGCGUUAGAGAUCUCAAGGCUAAGUUGGCAGCUGCCAAGCAUGAAGCGGCUAAAAGCACCUUCACAAUCGCUGGGCUCAAGGAGAGGAUCGCGGAACUCGAGCAGGAGUUGACAGCUUCCCACAACGAUACAGAUGAACUGGAGUCCGAGAUCGCGCAGCUCCGGGAGCAACUGGAGGCUCUGAGGCUCAGCGACUCUGAAAAGGAGGACGAGGCCUCGGCCAUCCAAAAAAAGCUAAAGGACGCCAAGGCUGCUGCAGCUGCAAUGGAAGCAAAGGCUGCGCUGCUCGAGAAGCAGCUGAGUGCUGCCACAAGUCGCGUCACAGAGAUGGAAUCCAAGAUUGAGCAGCUCGAGGAGCAGCUGGAGUCUAUCAAAAGCACCGCCGAGGACGACCUUGAGAAGUCCAAUAAUCGGGCCGCUGAGUUGGAGUCCGAGAUUGUGCAACUUGAGAAGCAGUUGGAAGCUGCCCAAAACAAUGCCGAUGACGACCUUGAGAAAUCAAACAAUCAGGUCGCCGAGUUGGAAUCCAAGAUGGCACAUCUUCAGGAGCAGCUACAGGCCACCAAAGAUGCCGCCAGGGACGAGAAGUCUAAAACCGAAAACGACCUUGCAGAGUCCAAGAACCGCGCCGCUGAGUUGGAUGCUAGAAUUACAAAACUCGAGGAGAAGCUGCAAGCUGUCGAGCAAGAGAAAUCGCGCCUCGAGUAUGAGCUUGCAAAGUCGAACGACCGUGCCGCUGAGCUGGAUUCCGAGACUGCAGGGCUCAAGGAGCAGUUGAAACAGCAAGACGAAAGCAUUCGCGACCAACGCGUCAAAGUGGACGAGGCCACUAAAACCGCGGCAAAGGCCACUGAGGACCUCAACAACCUCGAAAACGAGCGGCUAAACGCCGUGAACCGCCUGGAGGAGACGGACAGAAAAUUGCAACGUGCCAGGAGACUGUGCUUCCAUGGCGAGGAACUGGCCAACUCACUACAAUGCGAUCUCGACAUGGCCGAGAAGAAGCAUGCAGAAGACCUGGCCGAGAAGCAGGCUGAGAUUGAUGGACUGAACGGCAAAAUCGCCGCCCUGGAAAAAGAGCGGAUGGAUCCCGAGUAUGUCGCCAAAUUCGUGAACACCAUGGAAAGCGGCUCCGACAACCUAGAGCAAGCCAAAAACCGGGCAGAGGAAGCGGUUGUCGCCAGAGAUGAACAAAUCAAGGAGUUGGGAGGAGAACUCGAGACCACCAAACAGAUCGCGACUGACAUGGGAUUGCAGCUUUACGAUAUGGAAAACGAAAUCAAAGAUCUGCAAAAGUCACGAGACAAGAGUGAUGCCGCAUACCGCGAGAAGCUUGACCUGAUGACGAAGAUCCGCACUAGGCUUCAGGAACUCCUCAAAAAGGCCAACGACUGUCAAGCCUCGGUUGAACAAAAAGUCGCAAAUCUGAACACCCUCCUCCAAGAAUCUCGAGAUUCUGCCGCCAAAGCAGGGCAAGAGCUCGAUGGGUUGAAGGAUGAGCUGAAAGAGUGCAGCGCGAAACUCUUGGCGGAGGAGGCAAAAAGUGCAAGACAGGCUGGCCAGAUCACGGAACUGGAGAAGGACCGAGCCCAAGAUUGCGAAGUCAACUUGGCCAACGUGCAGCAACUGGAAGCGGAUAUCCGACAGCUCCAAGACGAUGUUGCAAAGCGAGCAGCCAAGGAAAAGCAACUCGAGGACCUGGUGAAAUCCAAGGAGGAAGAGAUCAAGACUCUCGAGGCGGACAAGUCACAGAGCGACGAGCAAUCUCAGCGAAUCUUGGAGCUGCAGAAAUCUCUGGCCGAAAUAACCGAGCAGCAGACCCAAAAUGGCCAAGCGAGUGUGGCCGCUGCGCAGGAACUACAAACCAAAUUGGGAGAAACCAAGGCUAUGAACGACCAACUUGUCAAAGACUUGAUGCAACUUACCGACAAGGCCGCAACUUGGGAUGUGAAAGAAAAGGACUUCAAGGAUCUGAUUCAACUUCAAGUGCAAACCGUCAAGUCCCUCCAGGACCAGCUCAAGCAGACCAUACUGCAGUACCGCGCCAUCGUGACACGCUCAAUGGGAGACGCGGCCGUCAUUCAGAAUCUAAGGAGCGACACAUCCAAGCUUUGGUCGGACUUGGUCGAUGCGACCAGAGAGAACACAAAGCUGCGACAGAAGCUCAAGGAUUUGGGGGGACAACCGAAAGCCGAGGAGGAACUCUGCUAUACUUGUGGUCGUGUUUGCAAGUGUCCCAUCGCUGUAUCAGAGGCUUCGGGCUUCUUUGACCAGUGGUUGCUCGUCUUCAUGGCAAUCUGGGGCUUCCUGGAAAUGAUGCCAGAGAACACCAAGAUGGCACUUCUCUACUUGUUGGGCCUGUUGGGACUCCCGGGUCGGUGCUGGAAAACCUUUGUCAACGGCGCGAAAUCUCGGUACGGAAAACGGUACUCGUCCAAGGGGAAGGCCCGGGCCGCGGGGGCUCCUGGCGAUCAGGACUGGGACUGGCCGACACUGCCGACGGUUCCUCAUGCUGCCAUGGUGUACUGCCUCAUCUUUUGGGGCACGGUCCUCGCUUUCCUCAUCUCUGCCAUGAGUUUCUGGGCCACAUCGGUGGAGAGGCACCUCUGGCUCCAUGCAAAUACCAACACCAGGGCCUACUUCAACUUUGGAAGACGAGAAGGUGCUCCCGGUGCGUGCUUGGUACCUCAGCUGUUGCCGAUCGACUAUCGGUUCGUGUACGAGCCGACCUAUGGUAACUUUUGUGGAUUUGUGGAAAGGCAGACAGGGUACGCUCUUUGUUGA